AUGGAUGGUCUAUCCAAAUCCAAGCUCUUCUUCUUCCUCCUCCUUUCAACUUUCUCCAUUGCCACCGCAUUACCCGAUAAACCCGGGUCGGGUCAAAUAAACUCCAAUUCCGUCCUCGUCGCUCUCCUCGACUCACACUACACCGAGCUAGCAGAGCUCGUGGAGAAAGCUCUUCUCCUCCAAACUCUAGAGGAAGCCGUUGGUCACCACAACAUCACAAUCUUCGCUCCUCGCAACGAAGCUCUAGAACGAAACCUCGACCCCGAAUUCAAAUCUUUCUUGCUCCAACCCAAAAACCUCAAAUCUUUACAAGCUCUCCUAAUGUUCCACAUUCUCCCCAAACGAAUCACUUCUCCUCAAUUCUCCAACUCCGCCGCCGCCGCCAGCCACCGCACACUCUCCAACGACCACCUCCAUUUCACCGCCGGAAAAGUCAACUCCGCCGAAAUCACCCGACCCGACGAUUUGACCAGACCCGACGGAAUCAUCCACGGAAUCGAACGUCUCUUAAUCCCACGCUCCGUGCAAGAAGAUUUCAACCGCCGUCGUAACCUCCGAUCAAUCUCCGCCGUGUUACCCGAAGGAGCGCCGGAAGUCGACCCGAGAACCCACCGUCUCAAGAAAAAAUCUCCUCCAGUCCCCGCCGGAGCUCCACCGGUUCUCCCGGUUUACGACGCAAUGUCACCCGGUCCGUCGCUCGCUCCGGCUCCGGCACCAGGACCGGGCGGGCCUCGACACCAUUUCAACGGAGAGGCACAGGUCAAAGAUUUCAUCCACACGCUUCUCCAUUACGGUGGGUACAACGAAAUGGCGGAUAUUCUCGUUAAUCUCACUUCUUUAGCCACCGAGAUGGGUCGGCUCGUGUCGGAAGGCUACGUUUUGACCGUCUUGGCUCCGAACGACGAAGCUAUGGCUAAGCUGACCACAGACCAAUUGAGCGAACCGGGAGCGCCAGAGCAAAUUAUGUAUUACCACAUCAUACCGGAAUACCAAACCGAGGAGAGUAUGUACAAUUCCGUACGCCGGUUUGGGAAAAUUCGGUAUGAUUCACUCCGGUUUCCUCACAAGGUAGACGCUCAGGAGGCAGACGGUUCGGUUAAAUUCGGUCAUGGUGACGGUUCGGCUUAUUUGUUCGAUCCCGAUAUCUAUACCGAUGGACGUAUUUCGGUUCAGGGGAUUGACGGCGUUUUGUUCCCGGAGGAAGAAACUCCGGUCGAGAAGAAAACGGCAGCUCCAGUCGUUAAGAAAGCCUCUAAACCAAGGAGAGGUAAAUUGAUGGAGGUAGCAUGCACGAUGAUGGGUUCACGAUUUCCCACAUGUCAAUGA